AUGUCUUCUCCCACCUGGCAAGACCGCCGCUUCAUGUUCCCCGCGGGCAAAGAAGUCCACCAAGGCUCCACCCGCCGCAUGUCCGCGUCCUCUGCCUCGUCCGCGACCGCCGAAUCCCCCGUCCUGACGAACGCCACCCCUGCCGCCGCCGCAGGGGCGGGAACGGACGCCACGCCAGCUCUGCCCGAGUACCCCGUCGUGGACAAGAAGGUGCUCUCCAACCCGGACGCCUGGGGUGGGGACAGACGUUUCAUGGGCAGAGCCGGGAAAGAGGUGCGCCAACCGGCCAGACGCCCUAGCGGGACGAGCGCCGCGAGGCCGGAGGUCGUGCCGAAGAGCAGUUCUCCGCCGGCGACCAACGCGGGAGGGGGGCUCGCCGCGGCCAUUGCCGGCAGGAGACGCUCCUCCGCCUCUCAGGGCGGUGUCUUCUCCGGCCUCAUGGCGAACCGAAGCAGCCACGAAGAGCGUCGGCAGUCGUGGGACGACAUGAAACAACCAGGGGGUUCGUUCGGGGGGUUCCUCUCGAAUUUGGUGUCGUCCAAGCCUGCCGAGAAGAAGUAA